AUGUCGGCAUCUGCGGGCGUCCAAGGCUACGAGACCUUGACUUCGGCCCUGCAGCAGCAACGAGGCGCGCUUGGCCGUGGCCUCGCUCCAAAGCCCUCGGCCACGCCGGCCCACCUGUCGCGCGUCCUGUACAUCCCCCCGCACGGCAGCUCCGACCUUCACCUCGCAGUCGGGGCCGACGUGAGCGCCGAGUACAAGCAUGCCAUCCGUCACGCCCGAAUGGACGGCAGCGACGUCAUCGGCGAUGCCCCCAUGGGGAGCCAGCUGUUCAUGACGAGGCUGGGCACCAUGGAAAGGCCCGUCGUCGACGCAGACCAUGGCCAGGCACGCUAUGUCGUGGAUGCCACGCUUGGCGAUCAUGGCCACGUGUCGGCGACGCUGCGGAGGUGCCGGGGGGCGGGCGAACGAGGCUUGAGCGCCACCAUCUCGACUGCCGAUUUCCAGUUGACGGCCACCCACGCCAUUGAUGUCACGGCCUCGUUCCCCACCACGUCGAGCGCCGGAACUACCCGCCACCCCUUGUUCACCCUGAAGCCUCACGGGGGCGCCAGGCGCUUGCAGUGGCAGAUUGACCCGCGUCAAGACGGCCCGCUGCGAUACACCCUGGUGGAGACACGCGGCGAAGAGGAACCAUGCUCAGAGCCCAAGACCAUCAGGGCAAUCUACCACCACAUUCGCCAGGGCGCGUCCUUGUCCAUGCGCAGCAGCGAGGGCGUCGUGCUCGUGCCAGAAGACGACGGCGACGAAACGGAGCUGCUGGUCGUGGCCAGCCUGCUCGGGUUGCUGUGGAGGGUGCGCGGCCUCGAGGUCAGGCCGCCGCCUGUUGAUCAGGCGCCUCACGGCGGGAAGCCGACGUUUCUGCAGCGCCUGCUGGGGAGGAAAUGA